AUGUACACCCCAGGAACAACGCACGACGAGCUGGGGCGGGCAGGAGAGCAGCAACACCAGCAGCAGCAGCAGCAGCAGCAGCAGCAGUAUCAACAGCAUCAUCACCAGCAGCAGCAGCAGCAGCAGAAUCAUCAUCAUCAUCACCAACAGCAUCCGCAGCAGCAUCCACAUCCCCAGCAGCAGCAUCCCCAGCAGCAGCAGCAGCCGCAGCAGCAGCAGCAGCAGCAGCAGCAGCAGCAGCAGCAGCCGCAGCAGCAGCAGCAGCAGCAGCAGCAGCAGCAGCAGCAAUGA